AUGGCGUCCGCGGCCGACUAUCCAAACUAUCCUCCGUCCGUCCCGCCUUAUCAGUUCCAGCAGCCCUCGCCGUCGCAGAACUACCAGCCCCAACUGCACUCAGCGCAGCAGAGGCCCUCCAGAAAGUCCCGAACACUGAGCUUCCGAUCUGACAAGUCUCACAAGUCUACCGGUUCUGGAACUCACAAGAUCGACCUGCAUGAGACGCCCGCUGAGAAGGAAGCUAAGAGACUGCACAGCAAGGCAGACCCGACACUUGCCAUGCAGGAAGCAGAGCCUUCCCAGGUUGCCGCUGCGGUCAAGUCUUCCCUCGCUUCGUUGAGGAGUAUUCAACACAAGGACGCUUAUGGAAACCCAAUUGCGGACCCCGAUCGCUCCAAUCCAACCCGCAGUCGAUGGGAGCGUCCCUUGGACACUAUUCGGAGUUUUGAGGCAGCGAUUGAUGGCGGAUACAGCAACCGAAGGUCUAUGAUUCGCCCAGAUCCGGAGCCCGGGCUAUGGGGAGGCAACAAGAGAGCGAGCUAUUACGGUGGUAAUGGCACUGCCAGUCGGUUUACGCACGACAGCUAUUAUGGAAGUCGCCCUGCCUCUACCGUUUACGCCAACCGGCCCGAUGGCAGCCAGUAUGACCUCAGGCCGGGCGCUAUGGGCCAACGAGACACCUACUGCGAUCAGCAAGCAGGGUCCGGCUACUAUGGACCUCCAGGGCAGGGUCCCCGGCGGGGAUGGCCGAGGAUGUAUCCUGAGCCGCAGUACGGUCCGGGACAGCGCCACCCGAACGUCAACGAAUCUCCCAUUCCUAGCAACCACCGAUCCUAUGAGACAGUCACGAGCGCGGCGGGAAGUGGUUCAUCAGCCGACCCAGCAGGAUAUCAAACCGAUCCAACCAGCAGCGACAACAGUUCAAUUGAGCGUGUACAGUCCCCACCCAAACGCCAUACGGAGCCUGCGAAUGACUACGGGAUUGGGUUUAGCCAAGGGCCUGCUUAUCAGCCACAGCAAUUUGUCUUGGGCAUGCAAGGUGCCGCCGGUAUGAACGGCCGAGGUGUCAACGAUCACCAGGCAAGCGGCGCACUCGGUAACGGGAUGAACCCGCCUCCAGUUCCCCAUAAGGACCAGGGAACGGUGCUACGGAAACCAAUAUCGACCGACCAUGUCCAGCAGCAGCGACCUGCAGCACCCGAAAAGCGAAAGAGUUGGCUUGCGAGACGUUUUAGCAGACAUGGCUAA